GCAACAAUCAAUCAUUUGAAAACAGAUAUAGUUAGAUAUUCUGGGAAUAGAUACAGAUGACCAAAUAAAAUGCAUUGCAUUGCAUUACUAAUCCAAACAAUAAUCACAACCGACAAUUAAAUAUCAAUUUCCAUAUACAGUGUAUUACUUAUCUUUGUAUCAGGAUAUCAAUCAUAUACCAAUAAUACUUCCACACCGCUGCAAAUUUUAUUUUUUUGGCAAUCAUUAAAAUAUAAAAUAAUAUUUCACAGUGCCUUUUAUACAUUCCAACCGUCACAUAAUUUAUCAUUACUGAUAUUCCUAAAGAAUAAAAUUGAAAAGAAAAAGUAGUCAUGUGGUAGGGUUAAUUUAAGCUCCAGGACAAAAUUCACACGUGCACAGUUUAUUUUAGUAGAUGCAAAUCUGUGAGUCAAGUCUCCAUACAAAAUUAUAUUGACCAUAACCCAUAACCCUAGUUCUUGUACGUACCCCACAUAUAUAUACAUAUCGAAAGAAGAUGGCAUGUUUAUUUCGGUUGGAAGUGGGUCUCAAAUAUUACCUCCAAUCGGGUCAGAUACAACGACCCUCCAACCACAUUCAAAUUUAUAAUCCUUAUCCCACUUCGAUCGAUCGAUCGAUCUGCAUAUAUGUAUAUGUAUAUAUAUAUAUCUCGAGUCACAAACUUUUUCUUCACACUACGUACACAACAAGCACUAAAUCAACAUGAAGAAGAUCAACUCCAUACUUAGGAAGUGCAAGACUUUGUCUAGGCAAUUGAGUCGGAGCUCCUCUUACAGUAGCCUGAGAUCCAAGUCCACGAGGUAUCCGGAUCCGGAUACGGAUCGUUGUUAUUUGCAGGGGGAGAAGGAGGCGUGCGAGACAAUCUUCGUGGGGAGUUCGAGGAGGAGGUAUGUGAUCAGCUCCAAGUAUUUGAACCAUCCUCUAAUGAGUGCACUCAUUGAGAAAUCCGGCGACGAAACGUGCCCGGGUCCGGGUCGGAAUCCGGAUCCUCUGUCGGUGAAAUGUGAGGUGGUGCUCUUUGAUCAUCUCUUGUGGAUGCUUGAAAAUGCCGAUCCCGAUUCUCGUGAUUCUUUGGAAGAGCUGGCCGAACUCUAUGUCUACUAAACAGGAAAAAAAAAAUCAACGUUGGAGUAUUAAAUUUUUUUAUUUUUUGUUUUUGUGUUUUUAUUUUGUUGAUAAUAUUGAGAAAUUAGAGAUACAAACACGUAUAAAUUACAUGGGAUUUUAUAACCUCAUGAAUGUGUUUUUUUUUUUUUUUAAUUAGAAAAUUAAAUUUGGGUUUUGAUUAACCCAUUAGUUGUUUGUUGAGUAGUGACCGUAUAUCUAAGUUCUUGAAAUAUGGUUUCAAUUAAAAAAAAUAAAGGAAAAAAAAGAAAAAUCCGACCCAUCUUU